AUGACUUUCUCUCUGGCAUUCCUUUUGAGUUCCACUACACCGCCAUGUCCUCCACCAGCACUUUCAACUGCUAGGCCAAAUCCCCCAAAACUAAGCACAGCCAAUCCUUCUGCCCUGCCACCUCCAACUACCAGUACCAAGAACUCUUUAAGCAGUCUUCAUGGUACUUAUAAUAUAGAUCAAGAUGGGAAAGUUAAGGAGGAGGAAGAGUUUCUUUUUCUCUUUAAGUUUCUUAAUUCCGUCUUCAGUUCCUUUCUUUCAUUCUUUAUUCUUCUAAUAAUCAUUCCUUUGUCCAUAAAUUCUUCACCUCAUUUCUUUCUUUCUUUCUUUUUAGUCACUUUUUUUUUUUUUUUUCUCAUUCCACCUAAAAAUUACCUCAACUCCAUUUCCCAGUCUGCUCCCUUACCAACUCCCCCCACAUUUCAAAGUAGCCCAGCAGUUAGACCGAGGGUUGGGGUUGAGCACAUAUUACAGAGAUUCUGUAAUAACGGUAGGACCUGGUAG